GCAUCGUGGAAACCGAUCACAGAUAUUUCGAAACUAUGGAAACUACGCAACCUGAAAGGAAUGGUCGGUUAUAUCUAUAUGGAUUUGAGUGGUGCACCGCCGGAAUUGAAAAACCUCACAUUUCUGGACAAUCUGGAAUCCCUGGUCUGGGAAACGCAAACCAUCUUGGAAAGUUUGUUGUGGACCAAGGACCCUGCUCAACUGAGCACUAGCCUCCGGGGUUAUGACUCGGUUGGAAAAAUUCACAACCUGACUAAUUAUUUCAUGUGUGUCUGA